CGGCCCGAGCCGCCAAGAUGUCGCAGCCCAAGAGAAGAAAGCUUGAGUCGGGGGGCGGCGGCGAAGGAGGGGAGGGAACUGAAGAGGAAGAUGGCGGAGAGCUGGAGGUGGCCCUGCCACGACCCCGGAGGACUAGGCGGGAGCGUGACCAGCUGUACUACCAGUGCUACUCGGAUGUAUCGGUCCACGAGGAGAUGAUUGCCGACCGCGUCCGCACCGAUGCCUACCGCCUGGGCAUCCUGCGGAACUGGGCAGCGCUGCGGGGCAAGACCGUGCUGGACGUGGGCGCGGGCACCGGCAUUCUCAGCAUCUUCUGUGCCCAGGCCGGGGCCCGGCGCGUGUACGCGGUGGAGGCCAGCGACAUCUGGCAACAGGCCCGGGAGGUGGUGCGGCUCAACGGGCUGGAGGACCGGGUGCACGUCCUGCCGGGGCCGGUGGAGACGGUGGAGUUGCCGGAGCAGGUGGAUGCCAUCGUGAGCGAGUGGAUGGGCUGCGGACUCCUGCACGAGUCCAUGCUGAGCUCUGUGCUCCACGCGCGGACCAAGUGGCUGAAGGAGGGCGGUCUCCUACUGCCGGCUUCCGCCGAGCUCUUCGUGGCGCCCAUCAGCGACCAGAUGCUGGAGUUGCGCCUAAGCUUCUGGAGCCAGAUGAAGCAGCUCUACGGUGUGGACAUGAGCUGCCUGGAGAGCUUCGCCACGCGCUGCCUCAUGGGCCACUCAGAAAUCGUGGUGCAAGGCCUGUCCGGCGAGGAUGUGCUGGCCCGGCCGCAGUGCUUUGCUCAGCUGGAGCUGGCCCGCGCCGGCCUGGAGCAGGAGCUGGAGGCGGGGGUGGGUGGGCGCUUCCGCUUCAGCUGCUACGGCUCGGCUCACAUGCACGGCUUUGCCAUCUGGUUCCAGGUGACCUUCCCCGGAGGGGACUCGGAGAAACCCCUGGUGCUGUCCACCUCGCCUUUUCACCCAGUCACGCACUGGAAGCAGGCACUCCUCUACCUGAACGAGCCUGUGCAAGUGGAGCAAGAUACGGACGUUUCCGGAGAGAUCACGCUGCUGCCCUCCCAGGACAACCACCGUCACCUACGCGUGCUGCUGCGCUACAAAGUGGGCGACCAGGAAGAAAAGACCAAAGACUUUGCCAUGGAGGACUGAGCGUGGCCUUCUCUCCCAGCUACCUCCAGAGGCGGCCAGACCUGCGCGGUAGAGGCGGAGGGGGGGGUCGGAGGAGAAAGGGAAAUCUCACGUGCAAAUAG